UCGAUUUCGAAACUAGUCAAACAAUUGCUGCCCGUAUAAAGACACCUACUUUAGCACAAGGUAGGGCGAACCUCCGUCGUCAAUUAAACUAGACGCUCAAAAAACACGCCAUUUUCCCCGUGAAAAAUAAACAAUGAUGAAGAUCAUAGCGGUGUGCAUCUUUGCACUGGCUUCCAUCAGUUCCAGCUACAGCAACGUCGCCUCAACCCGAAAGUGCGGAGGGCGAGUGUUUGUUGACGAAGCAAUUCUAAUCGACGCCUCAACGCAACAAGAUUGCACCUGGGAAUUCCAAACGAAAGAGGAUCGCAUUCUCGUCUUCACCGUCGUCGGUGGAAAUGUCAAAGACGCCCAACAAUUUCUAACCAUUCACGAUGGAGUAGACAUCGAUUCGCCGAUUCUCCUCGUAGACAAUCAAAAGAUCCUCGAAUGGACGAGGCGAGAUUUGCCCCAGGCCGUGUACACGACCCAACCUGCAGCAAGUGUUCGAUUCAAAACGGCACCAACUUCAAAUUUCCAGCUCCAGAUUCAAAAGGCUGUUAACUGUCCCUUCGAUUUGGGAUCAAACACCGCGUGUGGACGACUUAUCGAUGAAAUAUCCUGCUACUGCGUCAAUUACAAUUUGAGAAAUCACAACGACCAGACGACGUCUUGUUUGCUCAACGGAUUCAAACUGUUGGCCCUUGAAAGUCGAACGGAAGAAACAGUUUUGGUAAACGCCUGGGGUAACGCGACACGUUACUGGACUUCCCUGACCGAUAAUCUUAACGAAGGAGUUUGGCUUUGGGGCAGCACGGGAACGGGCAUAGUGGGCGGCUAUUCCAACUGGGCCAUCGGUCAGCCCGACGGAUCGGGAAACUGCGUUCAUUUGAACGACGCUUCCCCACAAGGUGGAUGGAACGACGACAAUUGCGCCAACUUACGCGAAGCCAUUUGCGAAGGUCAACCUUAAACGUUAGCCAUACAAUUGUACGUCCAUUCGACUGUGCGAGUUAACUAAUGUUUACUCCAAAAAUACAAUCAGAAAACAAG